AUGCAUGCGAGUCUACAUGAUUCGGCUGGACUAAAGUGUGACAAUUGUGGAAAGAACUCAGGAACUAACGGAUAUCUCAACUUGAAAUUCAGGAGACUCCAGCAAAGUGUUAGGAACGUCGUGGACAGGGAUAACCCGAAGGAAACCGAUAUGUGCAGCAAAUCCACCUCUCAGUCCACUACCAACCAAUCCUCAUCCUCGAACGAGGCUCAGAUCCGCUCAGUAUCCAGAUCAAGAGCCACAACCAACUCUUCAGGUAACACCACCGCUUCAUCGACCACUACGCACUCUUCGAACACCACAAAUACCUCUCUAGGCUCGUACAACGCGCCCAAAUCAGGAAGUGAAACCCCAAAGGUUCCCAAAAUGCCAAAGCCGAAAUACAAAGGCGAGCCAUUCUCAGCUUGGAAGGAAUACAUGGACGACCCAAACCAACUACCCGACUACGAACUCAUUGCUUGGAAGAAGGAAAUGCUCCGACGAGCUGCGAAUGAGGCAACGAAGUGA